GGGGCUGCAGAGCGACGCAGCCUUGGGUGCAGUCGUCACUCGCGUCUGGCCACCAGCUCAGAGCUUGUCUGCGCGCGGCGGGCUGGCAUCGGGCCCAAGGCGAGCGGGGCAGGUCUGCUAGCCGGGUGUCGCGGCGGCGCGUCUCGCAGCGAGAAUUGAGAGGAGGACUACGCGGCAAGGGAUAGGCCCAGAAUAACAACCCGAAAACAAAAUCUCAUCAUGGCCAAUAUCCACCAGGAAAACGAAGAAAUGGAGCAGCCCCUGCAGAAUGGACAGGAAGACCGCCCCGUGGGAGGAGGUGAGGGCCACCAGCCUGCUGCAAACAACAACAACAACCACAACCAUAACCACAACCACAACCACAACCACAAUCAUCACCGGAGAGGACAGGCCCGCCGACUUGCCCCUAACUUUCGAUGGGCCAUUCCCAACAGGCAGAUGAAUGAUGGGUUGGGUGGAGAUGGAGAUGAUAUGGAAAUGUUCAUGGAGGAGAUGAGAGAGAUCCGGAGAAAGCUUAGGGAGCUGCAGUUGAGAAAUUGUCUGCGUAUUCUUAUGGGGGAGCUCUCUAAUCACCACGACCAUCACGAUGAAUUCUGCCUUAUGCCUUGACUUCGGUCAUUUCCCCUGAAAUUCAUACUGUGAUUCCCGCUGUAUUCCUAGCCCUUGCAUUUUCCUGACAUGCCUUUAAAUGACCCGUUUGUGGUGAGCCUUGUUUCCAUGUGCCAGGCGGGGCUUGUGUUGCCAACUUCUAAUUGGAAAUUGCCUUCCCACUCAGUGUGAGUUUCUGUCAACAGUACAGUGUUGCCCAUUUGCAUGGAAAAAAAUGUAAAGUCAAUAAAGCAACUGAAAAGCAA